UUACAUUAUUAUAAUUAAAAACAUUAUUAAAAUAUUAAACCAUGGACUACAAGUAUCGGUUGGUGAUUUUUACCGAAAGUAAGAAAGAAGAAUUAGAAAUUGAUAUUGUGCCAACGUCAUGGUUCGAUUUUGAUGGUGACCAUGAUGUGUUAAAAUGUCGAUUCAUGCCAAAAAAAAAAGACGACGAUCCAUAUGAUAAAGAAGAAUUGGAUUUAUUGACCCGGAUGAUCAUCAAUUGUGAUGAUCCAUUGCCUAGCUGGCCUUUGUUUAGUGUCGAAGUGCGAGGAAGGGCACGUUCAUAUGAAGAUGCUUUAAUGAAAGUAACGAUUUUAGAGAAAAAACCGUAUGCAUUUUCGACCGAUAGUGAAGUAAAGGCUAAAGAAAAAGCUCAACAAGAUGAGAAAAUUUUAAAAUUCAAAACGGCGUCAGUUAAACAAAAACUGAAAGAAAAUAUUCGUGACGUCAUGGUUGAUUUAGAGGAUAUUGAACACAGCGAAUCUACUUUAUCGACACUUUCGAAUAGUGGCAACAACGUACGCAAAACCACUUCCAGGAAAAACAAAUAUACAACACAAAAAAAUUCCGAUGGCAUUAAGUAUAGUACAAAAAAACAGGCUAAAAAAUUCACUUUCAAUAAUUCUGACGAUUCUGCUAGUAUCAGUUCAUAUGAAGAAGAGGGGGCUGGUACGAAAUUUAAACCAUUUUUAUCACCAUCAAAAAAUCCAUCUAAUAAAGGCAAAAUUUCAAAAAAAUUAACUUUUAAAAAACAAUAUAAUGAUACAUUGGCAGAGAAAAAAGUUUCUUCUGAUGAUAGUAGUCCUUCUACAAUUCAAGAAGACCGAGAUUUUACAAAAUCUAAAAUACAUUCAACGAAAAAUUCAUCUAAUAUACCUACAGAACAAAUACAUAGUACUAAAAAACCGGAAGGUGGAAAUGCUUUUGAACAUUAUUUAUUGGAUAUGUUUGAGGAUUUUGUUAAGACGUAUGGCCGAGCGCAGCGAGAAAUGCAGUCAAAAAUUGUUGAUUUAAGUUUGGCUAUGCAAGAAGUGAAGGAUGCAGUCAUGUGUCGAGAUUUAGCUCAACAAUUCACCACAACAAAAGCAGUUCAAGGCAAAAAAGUUUUGAAGGAUUUUGCAUUCUACCAAUAUUUAAAAGAGGCAAUGUCUACAAUAUUCAAGGAAGAUGAUGGUGGAAUUCUGAAUGACAAUACAUUCAAAGGAGCAGUGAAAUCGGUGAUGAACAAUGUUAAAGAUUGGGAUGGUCAGGGUAGCGUGCGGAAACAAGCCUCUAAAAAAUAAAAGUUUAUUUAAGGAUGGAUACCCAAUAUUAAAUUUGAAGUUAUUUUAUUCAAUUUAAAGUAUGUUGAAGAAUAAACUCCACUCUUUCGAUUACAUGGAAAAAAAUAGUACUUUUCCGUGGGUUUAAGAGAAAUAAUCGAAAUUGAAAGCGUCAUUUAACACCGGGUUAUUU